UAUUAAUGUAAUUUGGGCACAAGAUUUCACACUGCACUUCUCUCUUUUUUUGACAACUGAGUCCUAGGCCAUUAUACAACGCUAUAUACAUACUAUGGAGGGGAUACAUACUUGUGUAUGUUUUUGCUCUACGUAUUCACUCUCGCACGUACAAAUGUACCAUAUAUACAACAACAACAAACCGCUCGUCUGAUGCCGGUCUUAGUUUGAAAAACCUGACUACGGAUUGGGAAAGGUGAUAAAUGAUAAACCUUUUGGCAAAAGGACUGAUAUCGAGUCAAACAGUUCAGUACUUCCCUCAGAAUCUUGGCGAUACAUUGUAUGUCUCAUGAAGCAUGCGACUUGGUGCCGCGAGACCAAGCACCGAUUGUCAAUUUUUCGUAACUGGACAUAGACACAUAGCUAUCUCGUAACUAUACUACUAUUAUCAGUACCAGAAAUACGUUGGGUUGCUGUCGAUCGUUCGGUUUGAAGAGAACGCUUUGUAUAUAAUAGAGAAAUGAACACUUUUUUGCUCAUUAGCAGUUGGUAGAUAAUAGUGUUAAAUCAUGAGACAUAAAUUGAUAUGCUAGUUCCGUUUGCUGUGAACACUAUCAAUGUAGUGAAUGCUCUGCAUGAUUACAACUCUUCCGGUGAUGUAAAUAAGAAGGAAAACCUUUGUUUGAGUUAAUGGAUUAAAAACUAUUUGAAAGUGGUCUGUAGAACAGUAUAAAUCACAGAGAUGGCAACCGAAGUUACAGAGUCACAACCUUUCAAAAACUUAAAAGAAUUAUUUGAUAACUUGGGUAAUUUAAGACCAUGGCCAGGAAUUAAAGAAUUAAGAGAUUCAACCGAUUACGUGUACAGUGGUUUAGAAAUAAGCGCAGAAAAAAAGGAGUUAGAAAAAUUGGAUAGAGAAGUACAACCGAGAACAUUGCUUUGUCAUGAUAUGAAAGGCGGUUACCUAGAAGACAGAUUUAUAAAUGGAUCAGAAGCUUAUGGUUCUUACCUAUUUUAUCAUUGGAGUGUUAUCGACACAUUUGUGUAUUUUAGUCAUCAUUUCAUAACUGUGCCACCUUUUGGAUGGAUUAAUGUAGCACACAAUCAUGGUGUAAAAGUUCUUGGUACUAUAAUUACAGAAAGAGAAGGUAUCUGGGAUGUUAUACUUGAAUCUCAGGAAAAAGUAAGAUGGUUCGCAGAUGCACUAAUACUUGUUGCAAAAUUUUAUAAGUUUGACGGCUGGUUAUUAAAUGUUGAAAAUACCAUUAGUAGUGAGCAAGUUAAUAAUUUAAUUUAUUUCGUAAAAUAUCUGACAGAAAAUAUUCAUGAAGCAAUUAGAAAUUCUGAAAUUAUAUGGUAUGAUAGCGUAACCAAUGAAGGAAAAUUAAAUUGGCAAAAUGAGCUUAAUAGUAAAAACAUAGAUUUCUUUUUAAACUGUGAUGGCAUUUACUUGAAUUAUAACUGGACGAAAUCAAAAUUGGAAAACAGUGUGGCACUCGCAAAAAAUCACAACAGAGAUAUUCAUGAUAUUUAUGUAGGACUUGAUAUUUGGGGAAGAGGUUGUCCUGGUGGCGGUGGAUUUAAUUCAACAUAUGCUUUACAAAAAAUACGACACGAAGGACUUUCUGUUGCGAUUUUUGGUCCAGGUUGGACUCACGAAUUUUUCGGAUUUCAGACAUUCCAAGAAAUAGAAGAUCUAUUUUGGGCACAGUUGUUUCCUUAUUUAUAUGUUCAUGUACCUAUCUAUGAAGACGAAGUAUUCAAAACAUCAUUUUGCCGUGGCAGUGGCAGCUUGUAUUAUCGCUGCGGUCAGCCACUAUAUGAACAGGAAGGAAGAAAUUUUAUAUACAAAUCAUUUUACAAUUUAUCCCUGCAAAAUCCACAAAUUUCAGUACCUAUACCGCACAUGAAAUUUACAUCCUCUCCUCAACUUCCAGAACCGAAAAGUGAAAACGAUCGAAAUGAGUGUUCAAAAGGACCGAUACAAUAUGUUUAUGAAACGAGGAAGAAUGUUAUUCGAGUAUUAGAAAAUGUUGUAAAUAUUGAAAAUAAAAUGCCAAUGCUACAUGUAAAUAGCUUCGAAUUUUCUAGCCAGUUUUCUUUCGAAGGUGGUGGUUGCAUAAAAUUAACUACAAAUGAUCUUACGUCAUAUCACAGACUAUUUCUCGUUCACAUCGAAUUUCAACAAGACAUUGUAGCAAUCAUUGCUUAUAAAGAAAUGGAGUCAUCCAUAGCAAACGCAAGUCAACACGAACCAAUACUAGUUCUCGGCAAUAAUACCGGCAUAAAAUCCAUCUUUCAUUAUAAAUCAAAGGAUUUGGUUUCAAACUGGAAAGAAUGCGUUUAUCUGACGAACAUGAGGACUGUGAACGAAAUUGGUAUAUCUUUCGCGAGGAGUAACAUCUGCUAUCUGGGAGAGGUCAUCCUCAAACAAAAGCAGCAACACCUGAACGUUUAACUCGUUCGACUGUUAUUUUUCCGAUACAAGGGUACCUGCAUUCCGCGGCGGUAAUUUAUUUGACGGAAAGACGAAAAAUGUCUGUAUGCCUUCUUAUAUGGAGAACGAACGGGGCCGCAUGAACGAGGUCGCGACACCAUAACUUCCACUACUUUUUUCAUUCAUUAGUCGCAUUUCAUAAAUUGUAUGCUGGAUACGAUUGACUUCGAUUCAUCAUUUUCGAUUGACACGUUAACGCAGAGAUAUACUAAGAUGCUGGCGGUAAAUCGAUGACCCGGACUUUCUUUUUUCUUUAAUUUCAUUCAUGGUAUUUUAUCUUUUUGUAAUUUACAUAAUGUUGCAUGAUGGUACUGAUUUCUAUUGUUUCCUGUUUGCGUAAUGUGGACUAUUGGUAACUCACAGUGAUACUGCUAUUACAUUUCCUUAACGCACACAGUGUAUAAUAAUUUGCAAAAUGUAAAUUCUUUGUGAUAAUUCGACUUUAAAAGUAUUGAAUUAUUCAGCACGUAGGCAUAGAAAACUCUCAAUGAAUUGCCGAUAUAUUAAAUUUUGUAGGAUGUUAUGUUCUAUGAA